AACUUAGCCAGAGGAACUAUUGCGCCCGAAAUUGUCGAGGCGUACGCAACCCCUGUGACCCCCCUCCCUCCGACGAAUUCAAAAAACACAACGCGCGAGGAGGGCUUCUUUUUUUUAUUUAUUUUUUUAUCUUUUUUUUUUUACCAUUCACGUCGUCAUCGUCGAAACGGCAAAUUUCAUUUCACUGAUUUUUUUUUCUUCCAUGCCCAAUAAACCAAUCAACCAAUCAACCAACCCCUUGUUCUACUCUGUUUUUUAUUUUAAUCAUUUUUCUCUUCUUUUUUUCUUUGAAGGGAGGAUAAUUUUGAUUUGACCAGAAAACAAAACAAAAAGAAAAAAAGAAUUCGCGUGUGUUGAGUUCAAUGUGUAAUUUUGUUCAAUCACAAAAAUAAUUUGUUGUUCGAAAAGUUAAAAGGAGGAUAAACCAAUCAUGGUUUGUGUGAUACUUUGAAAAAAAAUAUAUCAAGUGGUGAAAAAAAAAGAAGAAGAAAAAGAAGAAGUAGGAAGAUAAGAAGAAGAACUAAAGAAAAGAAGGGGAAGAAAAAAAAACUAGAAAAAACAAUGCCGAGAGCUUUUCUGAUAACUCAUCGCCGAUACAACGGCGUCGAGGAGGAGUUCGAUACUUCCGCUGGAGGUCAAAGUCCUGAACGAGGGGUUAGGUUAGCAGAAUAUGGCAGUGUUCAGCCUACUUCCGAUGGUGCUAGCGAAUGCGGUAGCGAGACCUCCUCGGAAUGUCCUGAAGAAUUGUACAACCUUACGAAACUUGCGGAAGUUAGCCUUGCUGCAGCAGCUGGUACCCUAAUUCAUCCUAACAAUGUGAUCUAUCAACGAUCAAGUUCACCAAGAUUUAACGAAACCGUUGAUAAAUGUCAUAGAACUAUUGUACCCAGAUCUAAAGAUCAUCAUCAUUAUCAUCACCAUCAUAAUAAUAAUAAUAAUAAUAAUAAUAAUAAUAAUAAUAAUCUUCAUCAUCAACCCCAAAGAAUUCAGGAACGGCGAACUACACUUGAGGAUAAACAAAGUUUGGAAAAAAGUAGAUUAUUCUACGAGAAUAUUGAAAAUGAACAAGAGGUAGUUGGAAUUAAAAGACUGUCACCUCAUCAUCAACGUAUUCAUCAUAGAAAUCAUCAUCAUAAUAAUAAUAAUAAUAAUAACAAUAAUAAUAAUAAUAAUAAUAAUAGUCAAACGCAUCAUUUACGAGAAGAAAUUACAUUACCGACUGAGAAGAAAAUUGAAUUAUCAACAAAGACAAAUAAUGUCAGUGAACCAAAUCCUGUUAUUGCUCAACAAAUACGUAGAACUAUUCAGAGUAACGUGGAAACAACAAAAAAUGAGGAUAACGAGGAUCACGAGUGUCCCGAUUGUGGGAAAAAGUAUUCAACAUCGUCAAAUCUUGCAAGACACAGGCAAACUCACAGAUCAUUGGGUGACAAGAAGGCCAGGAGGUGUCCACAUUGUGACAAGGUUUAUGUCAGUAUGCCUGCCUUCAGUAUGCACGUUAGGACACAUAAUCAGGGUUGCAAGUGUCAUUAUUGUGGCAAGUGCUUUUCCAGGCCAUGGUUGCUUCAAGGACACAUACGCACGCACACAGGUGAGAAACCAUUUAAAUGUACGAUCUGUAACAAAGCGUUCGCCGACAAAUCGAAUUUACGCGCACACAUACAAACGCAUUCUAACACGAAACCCCAUGUGUGCGCUAGAUGUGGUAAAGCGUUUGCUUUAAAAUCAUAUCUUUACAAACACGAAGAAUCAUCUUGUAUGAGAGCUCAUCAUAAAUCAUCAAUGGAUAAAAACGAAACUAACGAACGAAAGACGAAUUCAUCAUCAUCAUUAUCAUCAUCUUCAUCAUCAUCAUCGAUAACAACACCUCCAACAACAACUACGGUUAGAACGAACGAGCCUGUAUCAACAGUUUUGGAUAGUUUCAACGAUUUACAACAACGGAAUACGAAAACGACGGCAAUGGCCACGACGAGUACAACAACAACAACAACAACAACGACAACGAGUUCCUGUAUGACUGCAUCACCAACCAGUGUUAUAGUUCCACGUUUGUCUAUUCAACGUGAUCAAAAUUGUCAUUCGUCCGCAUUUUCAGCUAUCAUCAAACACACUGGUGGUAGUGGUGUUAAUGAAUGUGACACUUCACCACCUUCAGCCAAACGUAUGUUCAAAGAAUUACAUGGGAAAUCGCAAGAUAACAAAACUACUGAGAUAGUUUCAAGCAUGGUCAUCAGAACCUCGGUGAUAUCACCCAAUCCAGAACAUUUGGGUAGAUUCAAUGAUCCUAAAAAAUCAUCCAAUAAUUUUGAUUAUAACGAAUCAACGAGAAAUUCUGCUUUCUCGAGACCACCUCCCACUACGAUGACACUAAAUUUAGCUAUCGCGUAAAAUUGGGAAAGACCGAAAUCAAUAUUUUAGGUUAUGUUAUUUAGAUUGUCAAAAAGGUAUCGAUUUUCGACACGUUAUCAUGACAAUGUGCUGAUCUUUUUAAAAAUAAUUUUUCUAAACAAACCAUUAUGUGUAUAUAUAUACCGAGUAUUGUCUAAAGUAUCUUCCUAAUUAGGGACCAUGUAGAAAAUAGUUGUUACUAAUAUUUUAACGUUUCUAGACAUUAUUAUAAUCAUCAUAUUGUUUUUAAAUGGCGUGCUUCUUUUUUAUUACGAUUGAUCAUGUCUUCAAAAUUAUCAGAACUGGCAGAAAUAUUUUUCAAAAUACACGAUUAUGUAUCUCGAAUGGAAUUACAGCGGCCAUAUUGGUACAAUAAUGUUUAGAAUGAAAAUUCAUCGAUACAAUGUUUUGCUUCACGUGCUCUUCAAGGCAGCUGAUUAAAAAAGGAUGCCUCGGAUUGUAAAUAAAUCGUACGAGAGUACUUAGUCAAAAAAAAAAAAAAAA